GAUGUUUGAAGGGGAAGUGUGUUUAAAAGCUUAAAGUGUAUAAAGGUCGUCAGACAGAAGCAAGGGUGCAUUCAAAGGAUCAAGCACUGCACACUUUCUGCUACACCGUAAUCUCCAUAAACCAGCUGUAUAAAGAUGGUUAAAUCAAAGUCCUGGACAAUGGUGAGGCAUUUUGAAGGUGCCCCUAAACCUGAAGAUUUUAAACUGGAAGAGCGAGAGCUUCCAUCCCUUAAAGAUGGAGAGAUAUUGCUGGAAUCGGUGUUCCUGAGUGUGGACCCCUACAUGAGGCCAUACAGUAAACAGAUGAUGAAACCUGGUGAUGUAAUGAUCGGAUCACAAGUUGCCAGAGUGGUGGAAAGCAAAAAUCCUGCCAUUGUAGUAGGCACCUACUAUGUUGCAAAUGUAGGAUGGACCACGCAUUUCAUAUCGGAUGGCACAGGGAUGCAUGCCUUGUCUUCGGAUUGGCCAGAAAAUCUCCCCAGGUCACUUUCUUUGGGUGCAGUUGGCAUGCCAGGAUGUACAGCUUAUAUUGGCCUAUUGGAGGUUUGCAAUGCAAAAGAGGGUGAAGUUGUACUUGUUAAUUGUGCCGCUGGAGCUGUCGGAACGAUAGUUGGUCAGAUUGCCAAAAUCAAGGGUUGCAAAGUGGUUGGAUCUGCUGGCUCAGAUGACAAAGUUACCUUCCUAAAGGAAAUUGGGUUUGAUGAAGCCUUUAACUACAAGACAGUAAGCUCUUUGGAAGAAGCUUUGAAAAACGCAUCACCAGAAGGCUAUGAUUGUUAUUUUGAAAAUGUAGGGGGUAAAUAUGCCGAUGUAGCCCUGCAACAAAUGAAACAAUUUGGAAGAAUUGCUGUGUGUGGGGCCAUCUCUAUGUAUAAUGAUUCAGUGCCUCAAACAGGACCUUACAUACAGCCAGUUAUCCUCUUUAAGCAACUUCGCAUGGAAGGGUUCAUCUGUAGCCGCUGGCUUGACAAAUUUCCAGAGAUGCAAAAACAGCUUUUGCAGUGGGUGUCAGAGGGUAAGCUGAAAUACCAUGAACAUGUCACAAAUGGCUUUGAGAACAUGCCAGCAGGCUUUAUUGGGAUGCUUAGAGGAGAUAAUAUUGGGAAAGCUAUAAUAAAGGUGUAACUUGAAUGUCAAUGUACUCAUUCGUCAGAUUUAAAAAAUUCUGCAUGUUUGAUUUGCCAGAUCCUUUAAUUUCUUGAUAACCAACUGUGUUCUCCUUUGAAUCAUGGUCCAGUUUACUAAUGGGUACAUAAAUAAAAGGUGGACUCUUACUACAUGCUGUCUACGUGGAUGUGUUCUUUGUCUUGUAUUUUUUAAUGAUUUAGUUAAAUAGCACUCACUAUCAAAUUAAUGUCAUUUUACAGUAGAGGGGAGUAGCAGCAAAGGCAAUAGUUAUACAGAUAUUGAAUAUUCCAAUGUAUGUGCAUUGUGUAGAAAACUAAUAAACAUUACAAUAACAAA